AUGGCAGGGCAUGUUACAGCAAUAAGAUUACGGCAGUUUGUAGAUCCAGCACCAGAAAUCCCUCCAGGAAUUAUUCAUCAUCAGGGAAAGGAUAUUCUUGGUUACUAUCCAGGGCAACUGGCACGGCUUCAUUUUGAAUAUCCUCCUGAAGGGCAGCCAAAACCUUUUACAAAACUGCAACCAGUUCCAGUGAAACAUGAAACUGUACUUCAUCAUGGGUUUGAUCAUUUAGUUCUGAAGCAGUAUAUCCAUUACCAAAGGACAAAGAAGAGUGUGUGUGACUGGUACACACAAACCACAUACAGAGAAGCAUUCACAUUACCAUGUUACAAGUCAGACAGUACUGAGGAUAGAUAUUGCCCAAGGACCAUUGCUGAAUCACUGGCAAUUUGGAAAAGCACUUCUGCCAAAAGGAGGGACAAAGUGAAACCUUCAUUUAUGGGAGUUUAA